AUGGAGCAGCAGGCUAGAGCUCCCCAGGAUAUCCGGAAUGUUGUCGACUUUCUACGCAGUAGCAAGGCUGGGAUGAAGGUGCGAGUGGGCGUGCUGAAUGGGAAGCGCUUAGACUAUUUCAAAGGCAAAGCCGCGAUUAAAGCCCUCAUGUCACCCGCAUACGCCAAGCUGAAAAACGUGCCCCAUGUUGCGUCCGAAGAGGACGCUCAGUCGCUGCUCCUCUCCAUCAUCCCCCUUGCCUUCUUCCUCCGCGUCGAGCGUGGCGCGCCCUCUGGCUCCUCCUCUUCCCCGAAGCACCUCCAAAUCACGCAAAUGCAGGUGUUCGCGCCGGGCGACUACUAUGCAUGGUUCUACGAAGGUUCACAGUGGACGACGUACCUCGGCGGCGUCGCGAUGGUCGCGAUCAUGCUUGCGGGCGUCAUGUUUCCACUUUGGCCGCCCAUCAUGCGUCUCGGCGUGUGGUACAUUAGCAUGGGAGUCUUGGGCCUCAUCGGCCUCUUCUUCGCGAUCGCGAUCGUCCGCCUCAUAUUCUACAUCAUCACCGUCAUCGUCGCCAGCCCCGGGAUUUGGAUAUUCCCAAAGCUAUUCGCGGACGUCGGCUUCGUCGAUUCGUUCAUACCCCUUUGGGAGUGGGACAUCCCAAGGAAGAAGAGCAAGAAGAAACACGCGGAGAAGAGCGCGAAGGGGAAGGGCAAGGCGGUCGAGAACGGGGCGUACAUCGAGGAGGUCCCGGACUCAGGCAGCUCGCGCCCAGAAAGCAGGAAUGCCCGCGUGGAGGAGGUUCCAGACGAUUCGUGA